GUUAUGCGAAAUCUUAUCGCAUUUUUCAGUCAUACAAGAUGGACAUGUUUGGUGGGCUGCUCAUUUUGGGAUUUUCAUUUAUUGCUUUGAACUCUUCAAAUAAAUUCAUUGAGAUAUAUUUCGAAGACCUUUGUUAUAACGUUAUGGAAGAAAAUCUAAGCUAUGAGGAUUCAAUAUUACAUGAAAACGCGACAUGGAGUUCAGAGUUUUCCACCGAUGGAAAUUCGUUUAGAACUAAUCCUCCUGAUACCGAUUCUUUCGCACCCUUGGAUUUGUUAGAUGAAUUCCCCAUCGACAAAAAUAUUCAAUGCCCAGAAAAAGAUGCUCAAUUUCCUUAUCCUGGAGAUUGCUCACGUUACAUAACUUGUAAGAAUUAUGAAGCUCAUCUAAGGCAGUGUCCUCCAGGAUUGUAUUUCGAUUCUUUGUACCUGUACUGCAGGCAAGACUUUGAAGCGGCUUGCGAAGAGGAGAUUAUAGAGCACAAACGUUUAUGCGGUACAGAUGAAGAGUAUCUAGAAUGUAGUAUAGGCUGCGAGAAAACGUGCAAGAAUUUUGAGAAAUAUGCUCUUUGUUCAGAUGUGUGCGUGCAAGGUUGCUUCUGCAAAAGUGGACUUGUUAGAGGUCCUCUUCGACUAUGUAUUCCCGCUGAAUUAUGCAAGGAAACUAAUUCUUUAUUUCCAUGGUUUAUGAAUGAUUUAUAAGAAAUUAAUAAAAUGUAAAAAUUAA